AUGUCCAAAUGGGGUUGGUGGGGCAUCAAUGCUCGCUCAGGUAAAGUUAGAAAUCAAACACCUCACGUUCCGAAAACAACAUCAACCUCACAUCGAUACAAUGGAGGACGGAAAAAGUUUCGAAAAAACAAUACAUCUUCUAACAAUAUCGAAAGAUUGCAAGUGAUAACCGAAUGGAAUAACAACCUUAUGGCCACUGAUCAAAAGAUUCAUCACUCAUCGGUCUUCUUGAUUGAUGAACGAAUACAUUCAACCAAAGCUCCCAAUUUUCUUUCUAAUAGUUAUCAUAACUAUAAUUCUGUCGAAGGUUAUGAACGAUUGGAAUUUAUUGCUUCGAGGCAUGAAGAGAGACGAGAACAGAAUGUCAUGCAACAAGCAGACAUGAAUCUACGAGAAGCAAGAAAUCAUAAAAAGUGGCAUCGAAACCACCCAAAAGAAGGUUUUUAUCAAAUGAGGGAAAUCUUUGAAUUAACAGACGAGGCUUUUGAAGAAUGCAACAACGAAUGUGAAUGA